AUGGCUACGAAACAUUAUUUAAGUCUCAGUGAUCGAAAUGAUUCAGAAUCCUUCGAAGAUGCUGAUGAGAAAGCUUAUCGGAAAACUCAGUGGGUGAAAUUAAAUGUUGGAGGAACGUACUUCUUAACCACAAAAACUACACUUUGCCGUGACCCCAACUCAUUCUUAUACCGGUUAUGCCAAGAAGAUCCUGAUUUAAAUUCUGAUAAGGAUGACACUGGUGCAUACUUGAUUGAUCGAGAUCCAACAUAUUUUGGACCCGUUUUGAAUUAUUUGCGUCAUGGCAAGCUUGUUAUUAAUAAAAACUUAGCUGAGGAAGGAGUUUUAGAAGAAGCUGAAUUUUAUAACAUUACAGAUUUGAUUCGACUUGUCAAGGAGAGGAUAAAAGAAAAGCAUGUAAAAAUGUGUAAGAACGACUCUAGAAAGCAUGUGUACAGAGUGCUGCAAUGCCAUGAAGAUGAACUUACGCAAAUGGUUUCCACUAUGUCUGAUGGCUGGAAAUUUGAACAACUAAUAAACAUUGGAUCGUCCUACAAUUAUGGUAUUGAAGAUCAUGCAGAGUUUUUAUGUGUAGUUUCCCGUGAAUAUCCAGGAACAUCAUCAAUCUCAUCAGAUUUCGAACCAACUGAUAGAGCCAAAGUUAUACAGCAAAAAGCAGCUCGUAUGUGA